UAAAUUGUAACAGGAAUUACAUUAAGUCUGACUUGCAGAUCUGUGUGUACAAAAUUUAACUUGGGAAAAGCUACAGCAAUUCGUACAAUGAGAAGAGUUGCUUAUGCUUUGCACACUCUAGCUCCUCGAUUUAUUAAGUGGCCUGUGGAUGAGAGAGCAGCUAAAGUAAUGAUAGAAUUUGAAAAAGCCAGUGCAUUUCCUAAUGUUUUAGGAGCCAUUGAUGGAACUCACAUUAAAAUAAGAGCUCCACAACAGGAUAAACAAUCAUAUGUGAAUCGUAAAGGAUACCAUUCAAUCCAUGUGCAAGCAGUUUGUACUCAAAACUUGCUUUUUACGAGUGUCUUUGCUGGAAAUGUUGGAUCAGUGCAUGAUGCACGUGUUUUUCGACUUUCUCCUGUCAGUCAGUAUGUUCAAGAUCCAGAGAUCUAUUUUCCUUAUAAUUCUCAUCUUGUUGGAGAUUCUGCAUAUGGCAUUCAUCAUCCAUGUAAAUGGUACCUUUUAAAGAUAAUGGCCAUUUGA